AUGAUUGCUCCGAAAGCCAAACCUGAUGAUGCGAAAGCAAAGUCACCCUAUACAAAGGCAAAGCCCGAUGAUAAAAAAGCGAAGCCUGACGAUGUGAAGGCAAAGCCGGAUAUCAAGGACUCAAAAGACUCAAAGCCCGCGCCCAAAAAGGCUGAUGAGGAUGCUGAUUCAAAGGCGACUGAUCCCAAGGUAGUUAAGGGUCAAGCCUCAGAAGCCAAAUCUACGGAUAUCAUCUUAUGCUAUUCAGCUAAAUAA